AACGAGAGCUACUCUGCAGGCUGCAUUCAAAUUAAAUCAAUUUGGUUGUCUCACUAGAUCCACAAACCCUCGCGGAUCCAAACUCAAAACAAACUACUACACCUUCCGUCAUCUUCAUCACGUAACGCUGAAGUUCAACCCAUGAGCUAACAACACUGCCCGAGUAUCCGACAGAUCGCAAACUGGAAUCACCACUUGUCAUUUAGGGUUAUUAGUGCCGAACUUCUUCAACUCACGAUCUACUGAUAUAGGCCGAGUGUCUGAUAGAUAGGAACAAUGGAAACCCGCGGGCUAGGCAAUGUGGCCCCUGACGAGGAAAAACGGAGGGCAACAUCCCCUGUUGAUACCGGAGCCACGACAAAGAGGCAGAAGAAGGCGGACAGGAAGGCAACCGGUGGCGCUGCCAAGCUAAAGAAGACGGAGAAGAAGAGUACUAAGCCAACUCCGCUAAACCGACGACUCACUCAAGCGGAAAUCGCUGCCCGCUUCAAACUUAUGGAAGCACAUGUGGAUGUUGGCCUUCAACACGAAGAAAACAUUGAGAAGAAGAAACAGGGAGAUAGCAUGUUUACCAACCAUACAGACGGGCGCCCGCACGGCAGAGGUACCAGUCUCAGAGGUCAGGUUACUGAGGAGGGCGAACACCAAAGGAUGGUAGAGCGACACGGCAACGACAUGAGGACGACUUCUACUACAUCGCCGACGAACCAGUCUCAGGACCAGCAAACGUAUGAUGUUCCAGGUGGCACCUCUACAACCGUUACGGCGCAUGGCACUGGCCAGGGCGAUCAACCUGUGCCUGUUAACGCGGAGCAACUUUGCCAGACUACCACUCAAGGCGACCGCGUUGGUGCACCUAAAGUCAUUCAAGAGGGCGAACAACCAAUUUCAACAACUCCCGGACCAGUUAGCCGGAACGAUAACCAUGUGCCCGUUGACGGAGAGCAAAAUUGCGAGGCUUCCGCUCAAGGCGACCGCGUUAGUGCACUCAAGGUCGUUCAGGAGGAUGAGCAAUUGGUUACUACAACUCUUGCGCCAGUCGGCCAAAUCGGCCAUCAUGUGUCCACUGCCGAGGAUGCGCCCGCUAGUAUGGAAUUGUCGAACAUCACACUCUCCCCAAAGGGCAAGGAUUUCGUGACGCAAGACGCGGCAAAUCAGCCCUCUGCUAUACAAGUCGUCAACCAACCAAGUGUUGCCAACCAUGCUACUCGGGACAUUCGCAUUAAUGUCUCCGAAGGUGGUCAAUCAACUCCCUCAGAUGCCGAGAAGGUCCACAACGAACAACCUUCACCAAUCCAGACUCCUGUUGAGAAUCUCGACAAGUCCACUUCACGAGUGGUAAUUCCAGACCACCUAGAGAAUGCGGGCCAGAGAACGUCAAUCCCGUGCGUGCAGUGCGCUGCACUGUACAGCAAAGUCCCAAAUUUGCAAUGCUGGAAAGGUUAUCAUGCUCUAAAAUGCAUAGACUGCACUACAAAAGGCAUUAACUGUACCAUUGUCCCGAAGAGAUGCCUCGCCCAACUGAAAAUGCUCAGAGACUCUGCAACCCAAGUUUUGCAGGACACUACCAACCAGGCCGCCACCAACCGCCUGAACACUGUACAAGCCCAAUUCGAUCUGAUGGUUUGCAAUCCACCGGAGAUUAUGUCGAACGAUGUUGCUUUGCACAGGAGCAGCAUCCCAUCGCAGACGAAGAUACAGCGUCACGACGAAAUUGCAAUGACCGAAACGGCUGCACAUAUCGCCACUAAAGUGUCGGACUCGAUUGACCGGACAACAAUCGCUGUGAAUGGCCUCCGUGACGACGUCAAACGAAUUUACAAUGAUCAGCGGGCAACCGACAAGAGCAAGAGAGAUGAGGAUAAGGCGUUCCAGGAAGCUCAUCUCGCGCAGCUUCGAAGUAUGGAGGAGAUUAUCCGGACGACAAACAGUGCUUUGUGCACACAGAUGAAAGGUUUAUGUGAUGCGAUCCGGGCCAACCGAGAAGCCAGUCCAGGCAGUUGAGGGGACGUGGAUGAGGAGUUGAUCAUGUGGAAGAGAAUGCGGGACUGGGAAUUGACUAUGGAACGCCAUGAUUGCACGAAUAGUAACUCUGAUUGAUGGCAACGGAGAGUCGUAGAUAAUGGAG